UCCCCAGUGUCUUUUACAGCUGUCUCCAGUUUUUCCCUCCUCAUCAGUCUCUCUCUCUCUCUCUCUCCACUCAUCAUCAGUUCAGUCAUCAGUGUAGUGAAACUUUAUCGUUUGCUCGCUUGCUUGCUUCCCUAGUACUGUCGGCCCUUUUCUCCCUUCCCAAUCCAUCCACCCCCUCCCUCCCCAGCAAGAAAGCAUUGCAUCCCCUCUCCCCGGAGCGGAGAGCCGGCGGGCCGGCCUCCCAUCGCAUGGCCACCGCACUGACGUGACGCCGCCGAGGGAUUGAGGACCCAAGACCUCCAGCUGGAGGAAUCGGGAGAGGAAGGAGCGGUCGCGCGCCCUUCGCCACGUCUUGCGUCGUCGGGGGGCCCGGCCCUUCGCCGACGACGACGAGCACCCACCACGUUGCUGAGGAACAGAGAUGUCGACGACAGGCGAAAUCCUGAGGUCGGAGCUAUCUUCCAGGACGCCGCCGUUCGGCCUGAGGCUAUGGAUUGUCAUUGGCAUCUGCAUCUGGGUGGCGAUCCUCUUCAUCAUAGGCUUCAUGUGCUUCUGGUCCAUAUACCGGAGGAAGCCCACCAAGUCGUCCUUCGACAGUACCAAUGACAUCCCGGUGUCCCAGAUCCCGGACGUCUCCAAGGAGAUUGCGGUGGACGAGGUGCGUGAGCACGCUGCCGUGCAGACCUUCCAUGUGCACGAGAGCUGCCGCGCGCUGGCCGUGCAGGAGAAGCCCUGCGAGAAGGAUUCCGGGAGAAUGCUGGGGCACCUGGUCAGGAGCAAGUCGAGCGACGCUGAUAAUCUCAGCCAGUGCAGCUCUGCGGCGUACCAGUGCGAGAGGGCUGCAAGCUCGUACUCUGGCGACGAGGGCAGCUCGGGCAACGCCAGGAGGCAGUAUCCCACUGUCUCCGCGUCUCCGCUGGUUGGUCUCCCCGAGUUUUCGCAUCUCGGAUGGGGCCAUUGGUUUACUCUCAGGGAUUUGGAGCAUGCGACCAAUCGCUUCUCCAAGGAGAAUGUCAUUGGGGAAGGUGGAUAUGGGAUUGUUUACCGAGGUCGCCUCGUUAAUGGGACCGAUGUCGCAAUUAAAAAGCUCCUUAAUAACAUGGGUCAGGCAGAAAAGGAGUUCAGGGUUGAGGUUGAGGCAAUUGGGCACGUCAGGCAUAAGAAUCUUGUACGCCUUCUAGGAUACUGUGUCGAGGGUAUCCACAGGAUGCUUGUGUACGAGUAUGUGAAUAAUGGGAACUUAGAACAGUGGCUUCAUGGUGCAAUGCGUCAGCACGGUGUUCUUACUUGGGAGGCCCGGAUGAAAGUCGUUCUUGGAAUUGCCAAGGCGCUUGCUUAUUUACAUGAAGCCAUAGAACCAAAAGUUGUACACCGUGAUAUCAAAUCGAGCAAUAUCUUAAUUGAUGAAGAAUUCAAUGGCAAGCUUUCUGAUUUUGGACUGGCCAAGCUCUUGGGUGCUGGGAAGAGCCAUAUCACAACGCGAGUUAUGGGCACAUUCGGGUAUGUGGCUCCCGAGUAUGCCAAUACAGGUCUGUUAAAUGAGAAGAGCGAUGUCUACAGUUUUGGGGUGCUACUACUGGAAGCAGUGACUGGGAGGGAUCCAGUUGACUAUGGUCGGCCUGCUAAUGAGGUUCAUCUGGUGGAGUGGCUGAAAAUGAUGGUUGGCACUAGAAGAGCCGAGGAGGUGGUGGAUCCUGACAUGGAGUUGAAACCAGCGAUUCGUGCUCUGAAGCGUGCUCUUCUAGUGGCACUGCGAUGUGUAGACCCAGAUGCUGAGAAAAGGCCCACUAUGGGUCAGGUUGUUCGGAUGCUCGAGGCAGAAGACGUGCCUUCACGGGAGGACCGCCGGAGCCGGAGAGGCCACAGCAGCCACGCAGACAACGAGUCCAAGGCAAGUUCAAGCGAGUUUGAGAUAAGCAGUGACCGAAGAGAGUCGGGGCCGUCAUCGAGGUUCCAGGCCUAACUCCCAGUGAGAGCACGGCAGAUUACCAUCUCCAAGAACCCGGUUUCAGUUCAGUACGCCGGGUUAUCCCUUACCUUGCCUGCUCGAUCAUGGACUCAGGCCGUUCGAAAUAUUUGGGAAUCCUUGCGGGGUGGGGCUUUAUUGGAUGGUUGGUACUGAUAGAGAUAGGGGAAGGCUUGCAUCUUGUGCUGGAGUAGGUAUUUUACUCCCAUUUCCUUGGUGGUGGGCGGAGUCGGAUCGAUUCCGUGGGAGGGGAGGUUGAGACUUGUGGAUGUGGAUCCUAUUCGUGUUCUGUUUGCCCAGCAGCAUGUACAGAAACUUUAUUAUUAUUCCCUGGUUCUUGGUUUAGGACUCAUCGGCGAGUAGAAAAGAUGACUGGCUAUUUCCUCAUGUCAUGAGUCUCUCCAAGGUCGAAGCAAUCUAUGCCGUUCAUUUACUGUA